CCCCUUUCUGCCCUGGCUGCACAAAUGUGCUCAAUUAGGGUUAACUCAAACUGAAUCAAACUUCGUGCCUGAGGUUGGAAAUCUUCCCAGUCAACUCACCACAGCCACAUAGCAUGGUGGGAGACAAGGCGAGAGGGGAGAUGAACGCUUUUCAGAGAAACGAAUCCAAGGAAACUUUGUUCACUUUUAUUUCUGCAGGAGAUGAUCCCCCCAAAGGAGAUUUCCCUCUUCAGAAAAAAUCUCCGAAACUCUGUGGCUCCAACUACCCCCUGAGCAUUGCCUUCAUUGUGGUGAACGAGUUCUGUGAGCGCUUCUCCUACUAUGGCAUGAGAGCUGUCCUGACACUCUAUUUCUUAAGCUUCUUCCACUGGGAUGAGAAUCUCUCCACUGCUGUGUACCAUGCCUUCUCUGCGUUGUGUUAUUUCACACCUGUCAUCGGAGCCAUCAUGGCAGACUCAUGGCUGGGCAAAUACAAGACGAUCAUCUACCUCUCCAUUGUGUAUGUUGUUGGCCAUCUGAUAAAGUCAGUCGGUGCCAUUCCAUCCCUGGGCAACCAGGCAGUUCAUGUGGUCCUGUCUAUGGUUGGUCUGUUUUUGAUCGCCCUUGGAACGGGAGGUAUCAAGCCCUGUGUCUCUGCAUUUGGUGGGGACCAGUUUGAAGAGGAACAUACCUCAGAGAGAAGCAAGUUUUUUUCCAUCUUCUAUUUAUCCAUUAAUGCUGGAAGUUUGAUCUCCACGUUUGUAACUCCUGUAUUAAGAGGGGAUGUGAAAUGUUUUGGAGAGGAUUGUUAUGCACUGGCUUUUGGUGUCCCAGCAGCACUGAUGGUGUUGGCACUUGUUGUGUUCAUUGCUGGAAGUGGACUGUACAGAAAAACACCACCACAAGGAAAUGUCUUGCUGGAAGUGUGCAAAUGCAUUGGUUUUGCUAUUAAAAACCGGCUGAAAAACCGCUCCCCUGAGAUUCCAAAGAGAGAUCACUGGCUGGACUGGGCUUCAGAAAAAUACUCAAAACAGCUGAUUGGGGAGGUCAAAAUGGUGACUCGUGUUCUCUUCCUCUUCAUACCACUGCCAAUGUUCUGGGCCCUGUUUGAUCAGCAGGGAUCCAGGUGGACUUUGCAAGCCACAAAAAUGAAUGCUGAUUUUGGAAUAUAUGUCCUUCAGCCUGACCAAAUGCAGUUCUUAAAUCCACUUCUUAUUCUUGUCUUCAUCCCAAUUUUUGACUUUGGGCUCUACCCCCUGAUAAACAUGUGCAAAUUGAAUUUCACACCUAUUAGGAAAAUGGCAACAGGUAUGAUCCUUGCAGGGCUGGCGUUUGGACUUGCAGCCAUUAUAGAAGUCAAAAUAAAUGAAACCGAUAUGCCUCGACUUGUCCCAAAAGAAAGUUUAAUUCGGGUCCUGAAUUUGGCAAAGAACCCUGUUCAAGUGGCAAUCCAAGAUAAGGACCUAUUUCAGCAGCCUGUGGAGUCUUUUCAGAACCCAGCUGAGUACUCAAAAUUAAUAUUGAAUGGAGAGCAACAGAGCCUUCACUUCACCCUGCAACAUCAAGCAUUGACUCUUGCUUUUAACUACACCGUGAAGGAAAAAUCAGUAUACAGCUUAAUUGUUUUUGAGGCAGAAGGAAGCCUAUCAAGCCGCUUAAUUACAGACUUGGAAGCAAAGCCAGAAAAUGGGUUGGCAGCUGUUAGAUUCGUUAAUGCUUUGAGCCAAGAUGUCAACCUCACCAUCGAUAGCAAAAGUUUCAUUGUUGUUCAGAAAAACUACAGUGCUUCUGAGUACUCACUGCUGGAGAGGGACAUAUAUAAUGAUGGAAAAUGCAUAACUGAAACAGGAGAGUUCCCCCUGGAGCUGGGGCUGCUUGACUUUGGUGCCUCAUACACUGUUGUGAUAACUAAUAUUUCUGGAGGUGCUGUUGAGACUUGGAAGUCAGAAGACAUCAAAGCCAACAAUGUCCAUAUGGCCUGGCAGUUACCACAAUAUUUACUGAUAUCUGCUGGGGAGGUGAUGUUCUCCAUUACAGGUCUGGCCUUCUCCUAUUCUCAGUCUCCAGCCAGCAUGAAGUCGGUGCUGCAGGCAGGCUGGCUGCUCACCGUGGCUGUGGGGAAUACCUUUGUGCUCAUUGUUGCUGAGGCUGCACCAAUGGCACAGUGGGCUGAAUUUGUCUUGUUCACUGUUCUCCUCUUUGCUGUGUGCAUUAUUUUCUCCAUCAUGGGAUAUUUCUAUGUCAGUGUGGAUCCAGAGGACCUAGAAGAAAAGGAAGAGAAGAGAGAGACCUCAAGCAGAGGAAACAUGAUUGGUCUUGUUACUCAGAAAACAAAGCUCUAACAAAUCAUGGGUUGGGAUUUUUGUUUUUAAACUCAGUUAUGAGAAGGUGAAAGAAGGGUGGGGACAGAGUUAUUUUAUUUUAGAGCAUUGCAGUCUUUGUUACUCAAAAUGUAACCACCUUAUAAAUGGGACCAAAUGGCCCUAUAUAAAAACAAUGGGGGUCCUGAAAUCAGAACAAAACUCCCUGGGAAAGCUCCUCAGGUAUUAAAAGCCCUUAUUAGUAAUUACAGUGUAAUUUAAAACCUGCCCAUCUUUUUAAGCAUGGAAUGCUUUCCUAUGAUUUUGCCUUAAACAUAUAUUUAGGGCAGCAGGUAGGAAGGGUGGAAGGAAUGCCAUAUGACACAAAAAUCUGGAAAUGUUAUGAAAGAAGAAAGGAAAAACUAGUAUAGGAAUUAGGGAAGAAUAGAUGUUAGUGACUGAAGGAUUUUUAAUGCUAUCAUCAAGGACUGUAAGGGUUACACACAAUCCCAAAGGAUUUCAUCAUGUAACUCUCCUUAUGAGUAUUUCAUCCCAUUAUUGCAUGUUAUGAAUGGUUCUGAUUUAUGAUUUUCACCUUCAGGCUCAGAAGUAAUAACAGGGAAUUAAAUUCUGCAGGCUAAAAUAUUCCCAAAACACUGCUGACGAAGACAAGCAUGCUGCCACCUCUCCCAUUUUUCCCCUAGAAGUUUUUAACAACUGAUGGUGUUCUUUGAUUAGACAUGAUUAGAGAAUUGCUUUAUGCUUUCUUAUUUCAGAAUUCCAGACAGUUAUUUGCCAUCUUCCUAUACAUUAAGCCUUUAUUGAGCAUUUCCUUUUACAGCACCUGUCACUGCAAGUUAGGAUAUAGCUGAUUUCUUAUCUCAUGCCUCAGUUAUUCCCCACUGGGAGACAAGUUGCAGUAGUUUCUAUAAAAUUCCAGGCAUCCUGCAGUGAGUUAUUUACAAGGAUGCACUUUAUCAUUUUUUCAGUCUGCAAGAGGAGACCAUGGCAUAUGAGAUUUUUCUUUUUCCUACUUGUUUGUCUGUCUCUACCAGACUUUGGAUAUAGCAAUUUUAUUGGAAUUGUGAUAUAAUUGUCUGAUUUUCCUCAAUUGCGUGAAGCUGUGAUUUCAUGUUCUGCAUAGGAGUAAUCCAACCACUGCUGAUCUAGUAAAACUCCUGAGAGAGUCCCUGCCUUCCUCUGUCACUUCAAGGCCACAGUUGUAACAGGUCUGGCCUAAUUUAAAACAAGGUUGUCAAUAGGAUCUUCAGGUUCACAGAGAAUAGGUUUUAAAUUAUGCUUUCCUCUUCCAUCUUGGCAUUGGCCAUAGGUGGUUGCUGAUACUUUGAUUCAGGAGAUAAAUAAUACAUGUUUAAUUUAAUUCCUGUUCAGGACAGUGCUAGGAAAUACACUUAGUUUGACACCACCUCAGCUCCUUUGAUGUGCUGCCACUGUGUGUGUGUAUCUUCUUGAGUAACACUAACAAAACACAGCUUUUUGGUUUUAACUCACAGCCUAA